AUGACUCGUAUUAUCUUUCCCGGGCUUCAAGCUGAAGUUAAGGCGAAGCCUUGUGAAGGUUACACGUCCACACCAGGGGAAAGACAGCACACACGGCAAUACACGAGGUUACACGACGUCAGGUGUAGUCAAGAGGUAUACCAGGUGCCAGGAGAAAUAGAAUCAGGAGUUAUGGAAACGGAAUCCACGCCAAAGAUCCCAGAAAGACCGAGAAGAAGGGUGGAAGUGCCAGGAUCAGGACAGGUUCCCCUGGAGGCCGAGGUUCCCCAGGUUCCCCAGGUUCCCCAUGUUCCCAAGACGCGGCCCAAAAGAAGGGCUGGAGCAGCAGUAUCGCCUAGUCCAGGCCCAAGUGUUGGUUCUGAAGCAGAUCUUGAGUCGGAAACCAAGCCAAAUGCUGGGUUAGUGCCGGAGAAAUCGCCAGAAGAGCCAUCGCAGGAGCCAUCGCAGGAGCGAUCACAGGAGUCACAAGCCGAGAUUGAGCAAGAGAUUGAGGCAUUGAAGGGUGAGGAGCCAGAAUCCGAGCCUUCUGGUGAAAUUCCUGCGCCAAAGGAGUCGCAGUCGCCCAUUGAAAAGGAGACUCAGGAAUCUGGCUUGGAACCUUCCGUUGCUGAGGCCUCUGAGACGCCAGUGGAGAGUAAGCCUGAAGGAGUGUCUGAGAAAGUGUCUGAGGAAGUGUCUGAGGAAACACCAGAGGAAACGCCAGAGGAAGUUCCUGAGGAAUUGAGUCAAAGUUCUGAGCCGUUGAGAGAAGAAUUGAGCGAGCCUUCGGAGGUCCCGGUUCCAGAGCAGUCCGAGAAGCCUUCUUCUGAGAAGCCUUCUUCUGAGGAGGUCUCCUCUGAGAAAGCCUCCUCUGAGGAAUCUCCCAAGGAAUUGAGCACAUCCUCGGCAUCAGCCCCAGAGACUUCUAUCCCUGCUUUAGAUACAGUUAAUGAUGAACCUGUGAAGCCUGCUGAUGCCACCCCACAGAUUCCCCAUAUUCCUGCCCAACAGCCUUCUAGACCAUCCAAGAAACCGCCAAUUAGACCACCAAAACCGUCAUCCAAGAUCGCCGCGUUCCAGCAGAUGAUCCAGGAACAACAAAGACAAUUCCAAGGUGUUCCAGAACCAGAACCCCACGGAGAAGGUAAGAGCGCCCCAAAAAGCACCCCCAAAAACUUCCCCAAGCCUUUGCCUGGAAUGUUUGCCCUUCCAGGAAUGGCUAUGGGCCAGAUGAACCCUGCCCUGGCCAAGAAACUAGGCAUUGCAACUGAAGAUUCCCAAGAGAAGGAGUCCCAAAGUAUACCCGCCACACCUUCGAGGCCCAAAAGGUCCAAGGGUCCUGCCAAACGUUUGCCAAAGAACGUCUCAUCCAUCGAAAAGGUCGACGCAAAGAGCACUUUUGACGUGGGCGUCGUGAAAGCUUGGAGUGUGGUUGUCAAACCAACUCCUACCACUCAGGAGGAGCCCCAACUUCCAGAAGAAGCUCAAGAAGCUCAAGUAGAAUCCUCUCCAGUGCCAGAGGCGUCAGAACAGACUCCAGCGCCAGAGCCAGAAAUUGAUCAAUCAGAAUUAACAGCCCAAUCUACUGGAGAAAGUAUCCAAGACGUUUCAGAAUCCUUCCAUGACACUCUGGAAUCCCCUGAACAAGAACAAGAACAAGAACAAGUAAAUGUGGAUAACCCAUCUGAUCCAACUGCUUUUAUCCUUGACGAAUAUGACGAGGAUACAGAAGUCGAAAAUCCAUUAGAAUCCCAACAAAACGUGCCAGAAUCGAUACAAAUCAAUCAAGAGGAGGAACCCCACCCCGAACAACAUGAACCAACACUAUCCUAG